CCUGCGCCGCCGUCCGCCUGGGGUUGGCGCUGCGUGCGGAACCGCCGGAACCCGCUUCCCGUCUCCAGGGGCAGCGGCCGCGGCCUGCUCCCUGCGCGGACAGCUCGGCGUCCUCGCCCUCGCCGCUCUUCCUGUCUCUGGGAGUGACGGGCCGACCAGAGGGCGGCCGGCGCAGGCGGCCGCCAUUCCCGUAUCGCUGCGCCCGCGGGGGCCGCCCUGGCCGGCCACCAUGCCGCUGGGCCUGAAGCCCACCUGCAGCGUCUGCAAGACCACUUCGUCCUCCAUGUGGAAGAAGGGCCCGCAGGGGGAGAUCCUCUGCCACCACUGCACCGGCCGGGGCGGCGCGGGCGGCGGGAGCGCCGGCUCGGGGGCGGCCGGCGGGACGGGGGGCAGCAGCGGCGGUGGCGGCUUCGGCGCGGCGACCUUCGCCAGCACCUCGGCCGCCCCUCCGCAGAGCAACGGGGGUGGGGGCGGCAAGCAGAGUAAGCAGGAAAUUCACAGGAGGUCUGCUCGGCUCAGAAACACUAAAUACAAAUCUGCUCCAGCUGCUGAAAAGAAAGUUUCCACUAAAGGAAAAGGGAGAAGACAUAUUUUUAAAUUAAAAAAUCCCAUCAAAGCUCCUGAGUCAGUUUCCACCAUAGUCACUGCAGAAUCAAUCUUCUAUAAGGGAGUAUAUUUCCAAAUUGGCGAUGUUGUCUCUGUGAUUGAUGAGCAAGAUGGAAAGCCCUACUAUGCUCAGAUCAGGGGUUUUAUUCAGGACCAGUACUGUGAGAAGAGUGCAGCACUGACAUGGCUCAUUCCCACUCUCUCUAGCCCCAGAGACCAAUUUGAUCCUGCGUCCUAUAUCAUAGGGCCAGAGGAAGACCUUCCAAGGAAGAUGGAAUACUUGGAAUUUGUCUGUCACGCACCUUCUGAGUAUUUCAAGUCGCGGUCAUCACCAUUUCCCACAGUUCCCACCAGACCAGAGAAGGGCUACAUAUGGACUCAUGUUGGACCUACUCCUGCAAUAACUAUUAAGGAAACGGUUGCCAACCAUUUGUAGUUGAAAAAUUAAAACUGGAUUUCCAGUUA